GGAGAGAGUGAGUGAGAGGGACAGAGAGGUAGCAGCCAGCAACAUGUAGCCUCGCUGAGUGGAGGAAAGGUCCAAACUGUGCGCGCGCCUGAUUCCUUGCCUUGUUUUUCUUUUUUCUUUUCUUUUCUGGGGGGGACAACAUGUUUCCGUUUCAUCCCGGGGACAUUAUCCCGCAACAUUAGUAUCGAUCCGGCUGCAUGCCGCAGGAAAUGUCCAGCGGAGGGAUGGACAGAUGGAUUUUGGUGCACGGAGAGAAGAACUGGAGAGCAAAAAGAGAAGAGGAAGAAGAGGUGGAAGAGUGUGGGGCUGCUGAGAACAGGUCUCCGCUCCAUAUCAGGUGAAGCACUGUAGGCUGCCAGGCCCCUGCCACCAUUACCUUCCCUCCUCCUCAAGAGGCGUCAUCCUUUACACAGAAUCCCUCCACCCCACCUGGCCUCACCUGGCAAAACCCCAUCAGACAACCACCACUGGCCCUCCCUUUACCCCAUGGUGGCCCCAAGGCCCACCCUCUCAUUGCUACUGGCUAUCCUGGCCUGCACGGGGCCCGCACGCCCCUCGCCCCCCCUGCUGCUCCGGCCCCGGGAGAGAGAGAGGGACUCGGGUGGUAUCAACAUAGCCGUAGUCCACUCUGGCUCCUCCCUGCUCCCGGAGACGGCGGUGGUGGGAGGCGCGGGGGUUGGCGAGCCGGGUCUCGGGUCCGGUCUGGGAAACGGUCCAGGAGGAGGAGGCGGCGGAGGAGGAAGGGGGGUGACAGAUACAGCCUCACUUGCAGGAGUUGUGGCCAUGGCCUCUUUGUCCUCCUCAACAUACCUGUCGCUGGCAGCACUUUCCACGGAGACUGUGAUGACACCAUCAGGUCAAGCAAACGUCAUCUACCUGGCAGUGAAUGAGAGCAGUCCAGGCACAUUGCUGCUGCAGCUGUGUGAGCUGCUGGCCACUACACCUCUACAGGGUUUGGUGUUUGAGGAGGAGAGACCACCCCCGCCAAACCGUGCUCCUCUAGCCCCAAUGCUGGAGUUUGUCUCCGCUCAGACUGGAGUUCCUGUUGUUGCUGUCGGGGGAGGAGCCAGUCUAGGCCGAGAGCCACAGGAGAGCGGCUCAAUCUACCUUCAGUUCACUUGCUCUACAAUGCUCCAACUUGAGGUGAUCUUCGAAGUCCUUGAAGAAUAUGACUGGACUUCGUUCUCUGUUGUCACCACCCGUCACCAUGGCUACGAGGACUUCCUGGCCAUGGUGGAAGGUAUGACAGAUGGCUCCUUCAUUGGCUGGGAAAGGAAGAGCGUGGUGGUUCUUAAUGUGACAGACGACCCCGGCGGGUCUCGCACCAAACGACUCCUCAAAGACAAUGAAGCCCAGGUCCGUCUGCUGUACUCCUCCCUGGAAGAGGCUGAGCUGAUUUUUCGGGCAGCCUGGGCAGCAGGUCAGGCUGGGCCCAGUCACAUGUGGUUUGUCGUUGGACCCGCCCUGUCUGGACUGGGAUUGGAGGGACUGCCAAAAGCCUUGUUUGCCAUCAGGCCUCAGGGCUGGAGGGACGAGCCACGAAGACGUAUUGCCAAGGGAGUUUCAGUGCUCACUCAUGGGGCGAUGGCUCUACGGAGGGACCAGGGGGCCAACAGUCGAGCCCAGUAUGCAGGGAACUGCCAGAGUGAUGGAAACCAGACCCACCGAGUGCCAGACAGGAUCAGGUAUUUCACCAACAUUUCCCUCAGUGGACGAGAUUAUUCCUUCAACAGCGAUGGCUACCUGUCCAAUCCCCUGAUCGAUGUCAUUUCCUACACCAACGGCAGAGGCUGGGAGGAGGUUGGCUGGUGGGAGAACGGACACCUGCGCCUGCGUUACCAUCCUUGGUCUCGCUAUGGCUCCUUCCUGAAGCCUCUGGACGAUGCUCAGCACCUCAGAGUGGUCACCCUGGAGGAGAGGCCCUUUGUCAUCGUGGAGCCUGCUGACCCUGGAACCAGCUCGUGCAUCCGGGACUCUGUUCCCUGUCGAUUGCCUAUUAAUUCCAGUUUGGUGUUGGACGGAGCUGCACCCAUGAAGCACUGCUGUAAAGGGUUUUGCAUUGAUGUUCUAAAGCGCUUGGCUAAGAUUGUAGGCUUCACCUAUGAUCUUUACCUAGUGACAAAUGGCAGACAUGGGAAGAACAUUGAUGGGGAGUGGAAUGGCAUGGUUGGAGAGGUUGUAUCCAACAGGGCUGACAUGGCCAUAGGUUCCCUCACCAUUAAUGAGGAGAGGUCAGAGGUCGUGGAGUUCUCUGUUCCUUUCGUGGAAACCGGCAUCAGUGUCAUGGUUUCUCGCAGUAACGGCACCGUGUCCCCUUCUGCUUUUCUUGAGCCCUACAGCCCGGCGGUGUGGGUGAUGAUGUUUGUGAUGUGCCUGUCAGUGGUGGCUGUCACCGUCUUCAUCUUUGAGUUCUUCAGCCCCGUGGGAUACAACCGUAGCCUGCAGAGCGCCAAGAAAUCGGGGGGAUCCAAGUUCACCAUUGGUAAAUCUGUUUGGCUGCUCUGGGCGCUGGUUUUUAACAACUCUGUUCCUGUAGAAAAUCCCAGAGGAACAACCAGCAAGAUCAUGGUGCUGGUUUGGGCCUUCUUUGCUGUCAUUUUCUUGGCCUCCUACACUGCCAACCUGGCUGCCUUCAUGAUCCAGGAGGAGUACAUUGACACGGUGUCAGGGCUGUCUGAUAAGAAGUUUCAGCACCCGACAGAGCAGUACCCACCACUGCGCUUUGGUACAGUGCCGAAUGGGAGCACCGAGGAGAACAUCCGCUCCAACUAUCCCAACAUGCACCAGUAUAUGAUCCGCAACAACCAGAAAGGUGUGGAGGAGGCCAUUGACAACCUAAAGUCGGGAAAACUAGAUGCCUUUAUUUAUGAUGCUGCUGUGCUGAACUAUAUGGCCAGGAAGGAUGAGGGCUGCAAGGUGAUGACCAUUGGGUCUGGGAAAGUGUUUGCCACCACAGGCUAUGGCAUCGCCCUGCACAAGAAUUCUCGCUGGAAACGACCAUUAGACCUGGCUCUGCUGCAAUUAGUUGGAGAUGAUGAGAUCGAUAUGCUGGAGCGCCUCUGGCUGUCUGGAAUUUGCCACAAUGAUAAGAUUGAGGUGAUGAGUAGUAAGCUGGACAUUGACAACAUGGCAGGGGUAUUCUACAUGCUGCUGGUGGCCAUGGGCCUCAGUCUCCUGGUGUUUGCCUGGGAGCAUUUGGUGUACUGGAAACUAAGGCAUUGUGUCAAAAGGUCUGGAGGGAUGGACUUUCUCCUGGCUCUUAGCAGGGGGAUGUACAGUUGCUGCCAGUUUGAGGAUGAAAUAGCACCGGGAGGGAGCAAAAGCUCUUUGCCUCAAUACCACUCUGUUACUACUAUCCCCAGUGUCCCCCAACAACACCUUGUUACAGCCACAGUGAACAACACAACCGCUAUCGCCAUGGUGCAACAGCAACAACAGCAGAAGCACCACCAACAGCAGCAAGGGCAGACCUAUACAACUAUGUUACCUGGAUCACCAGCAGCUACAGGACAUUCAGCAAUGGCUCUGGGUCCUUCCAAUAGCCCUUUAUUGGAAGGCCCCAUGCCUUGCUCCACCUUCCUGCCUCGUCAUGACCGCAGAUUGGCUGUGGUUGAUCGCUGGAACAGGCCAAAGCCAGAAAAAAUAAUGAGCGGAAGCAGCAGUGGAGGAGUGGGUGUUGGUGGAAUUGCAGGUGGCAUCACUGAACUGCAAGCACAGCAGCAGUAUCAACAGAAUCUUGGAACACAUUGGAGCCUCCAGGUAGGGGUUCCUGGUGGAGGUGACACAGGGCUAGAUGAAUAUAAGCGCUACUAUGGUCCAAUAGACCCAGAGGGGCUAGGGGCUAACUUGGACCAACAAGUAGGAGGUCCUCAACAGACUACCAAAGCCAAUUCUCGAGGUUUUAAAGCCCCGGGGAUGCCACGGCUGCCUCCAAAAGGCUCUCAACAAGGACACCCAAUCCCCAAGCCUCCUCCUCCACUCCCAUCUUCUCCACGAAGGCCUCCCUUUUGGCGACGAGGAAGCCUUGCUCAGGCAAGGAGAAAAGGCUCAGGAGGUCCACUUUAUGAGAAUAUACUCCCUCUAGGGAGACGAGGAGGUGGAAGGUAUGGGGCAGGUGAUGGAGUUGGCAGGCGAGGACGCCGACCUCCUCCACCUCCUCCACUUCCUGUGCCGAUUUCUUCCCCUACACACACCCCUACUACUCCUUCGUCUCCAUGCCGUUUCUACUCAUCUUGCACCAGUGCCUCGUCUUCUUCCUCUUCUUCGUCUUCAUCCUCAUCAUCUUCUUCAUCCUCUGGAUCACUUUCUCGAUCAAAUUCCCCCUCAUCAUGCUCCAGUGACAGCUCCUACAACUCCUCACUCAGUUUCCGGUACCGAGCAGGAGAUCGUGAUUUUAUGGUGGAUGAUGAUUAUGACUCAGAUCUUCUUACUGAGGAAUCAAGCCUUCUUCUUGGGUCACGGAAGAAAAUUCGUUCCCGGAGGAUGUCAUCGCGCUCAUUACCAUGUAGUCCACCACCUCCUCCAGUCCCUCCCCGAAAACCACAUCCACAGAGAAAUUUUGGAAGAGAGAGAACCAGCAGUCAACUGGCGCAAUUGCAGGAGUGGUGGGCAUCAUGGGGUGACAGAGAACGAGCGAGAGGAGGGAUAUCAAACAAAGAUGGAGCAGUGAGUAGAGAUGAGAAAAGACAACACAAAGAGAGAGAGCGGGAGAGAAAAAGGAGAAAGAAAGGACGAAAAAAGAAGAAGCGAGAGGAAAGAGAGAGAGAAAGGGAGCGUAAGCACCGCAAAGCAAAGAAGAAGAGAAAGAAAGAGGAUAAGACAAGAAAAAGAGAGCGAAAGAGAGCAGAUCAAGAGGUUGGAGAUCCAGAAAAACGGGAGGAAGUCAAAUCAGCAACACCAGAUUUCCCAUCUUACCCACCAUUGAGGCGGGAAUCAUUUCGGAAAAAGAGUGAAAGCUCUAUCAAAAGCUAUGGAUGGAACAUCCCUGGUGAAGAUGAAAGGAAGGAUAGAAAUGAGAAAGAGAGAGAUGGUGGAGAAGAGAGUAGAGGAAAAGACAGACAUCAAAGGAGAAGAAACAGCAAGAACCAGCAUAGCUCUAGUAAGGCUUCUACAUCUGUCAAGUUCUGGCGAGGAGGUAAUCCAUCUUCUGAUGCCAUACCAUCUGCCUUUCUGCCCUUGUUACCAGUAUCUUCUAAAAGAAGGAAAAGCAAAAGCUCAGACAGAGAUGCUGUGGGCAUGGAGGGAGAGAGGAGGCCACUGCUGGGAAGGAACGAAAGAGGUGAAAUGCAUUCCAAGGAAGGAUUGUCUUUUCAUGAGUGGGAAUCUGAAGUAGAGGAUGAGGAGGAAAAUUCUGAGUCAGACAGGAGGAAAGUAGAACGUGGAAAAAGGCAUAGAGGGGGUAGGACAAUAUCUGAAGAGGAGCGUGAACGUGAUAAGGUAGUUGGGAUAUACUCUGAUGACGAUGGGUCUUCAGGAGAAUUCGGGAAGUUUGAGAGGUACUGGGAGGAUCAUGAAGGUAGGGCAGUGGGUGGAAUUGGAGGAGGGGGUUGGUUUUUUAGCACAUAUCCCUCUAGGGAUAAAGCAGGCAGUGUCAACAGCAGAGAUGACCUCUUCCAAGAGCGAGGAGAAAGAUGGGGAACAGCAGAGAGUGGGUGGGGAUCUAGUGCAGGUGGGGGUGGUAGAGGAGAGAGAGACUGGGGAUCAGGUUCACAAUGGCCUCCGCCUCCUCUCACCCCACCACCACCCCGUCGAUACUGGUCAGUAGACAAGCUUCACAUACAAGAUGAGAAGAAAAGUAAGCGCAAGUCUAAGGACAAAAGUAGGGGCCACACUGCUUGCUCCUCCUGUCAUUCACCUCGACACCAUCCACAUUCCUCUAAAUGGGCUCGUGUGACUUCACGAAGCCAGGAAGAGCUGUACCACCACUGCCAGAGUUUUGGUGGUCCCUUGAAACCAAAACACGACUCCUUGUCAUCAUCCAAACCUGAUCGAUCACACAAUCUUUCUAAAUUUGGUAGCCAGUCAAACCUAAGCAUCCAGCAAAGGACACAGAGAACAGAAAAGGACCGAGAUCGAGGAAGACAACCAUCCCCACCUUCAUCUCUUGUAUCAAACUUGCCAUCACAGCUCCCAGCCCUUCCAGCUCCUCCGUCCUCAUCUCACUCAAUUCAUGCUCCUCUCCCUACCUCCUCCUCAUCUGUAUCCUCUCCCUCAGUGGUUUCAUCUGCACCGGGAGCAAUCCAGGCCUCUUCAAUGGCUUCGGCAAGUGCCAAACUGCAGUACCAGAGACUGCGCUCUGUACCCCAACCCCAGAGAUUUCCUCAGUCUCCUCACUUACCCCUAAAAGCCAAGAGCCUUUGCUCACGAAGGGGCUCAGCUCAUUUCUCUAGUGUGGAGAGUGAAGUGUGAAUCUAAGCAAGACAACAAAAGCUCUACGAAUGUCCUGCAAAGUUGACAUAAAAAAAGAAAGUGCAAAUAUGGCUGUGUAGCUUAGUCAGUUCAGCUCUGAGCCCAUUCCUUAAUGUUCUGCACAAAUGAACAAACAAACCAGAAAGCCAAACAGAGCCACUGGAGUAGGUCAAGAGAACACAGGACCAUUUUUUUCUUACCGUUGCCUCUUUAAAAUUCUCUCAUCCUGUGAAAGACAACAACAGCAUUGACUCUCUGAAUAAUGCUAAACAUUGGAGUAAUCUGACAUGAAAAGCAUCACUAAUACAGAAGGCAUAUUUGCUGUUAUAAGUAAAGGAUUUUGAAAAGGUAAAGCAGUGAAGUACGUAGUCAGUGCAUUCAGAGAAAUCUCAAUACUUUCUGAGGGCUCAGAAACUUUAUAGUACUGUAUGCCCACUGCUCUCAGAAGCCUUUAACACUGAACACUGUUCUUAUUUUUUCCUUUUAAACAAAUUGCUUACCUUGAUUUUCUUUUUUCCCAAACAAACUGUUUACACUCCCGCAGAACUGUGACAGCCACCUAAAGUAUCUUGGUUGCGUGAUCAAUGCCUUCUGGUUAAGAGGGACAGGAGGGUGGUUACCACCUGUUUUUUCUUUCUUUAUCUUUGCUUUCUUUUUCCUCCAACUUUAUUACCUCGUCCUCCUGCUCCUGUUUUUCAUUUUCUGUUUCUAUAUUUUUUUUUACUUUCUGUUCUUCACAUACCAGUCUUUUUUCAGCUCUCUCGCCAGCUCCUCUCCUGUUCUCUCCUCUUGCCUCUUCUCUUUGAUGUGAUUAUUCUGUGUGUCUGUGCUUUUCUGUGUUUGUAUUCUUGACAACAGGGUAAGUCAGCUGUGACUGAUAUUCUUCUGGCUUAAUGAAAAGCUGAGUGCCAAACUUAAGUAGAGCUCAACAUCAACAUGUAUAAUGUUUCCAGCUGUGUUUCCUUUUAUCUCGCAGAAUAUUACAUCACCUCCAAUACUGUAUGUGCUCACAUCCCUGCAAACAAACACACAUGCAUACACACGCGCAUACACACCCACACACAACCCCACAAAUGCUCAAACACAUGUAAGAACACAUGCACAUAAUCAAGUCAAGUUAUCUACUCUCCUUCUUGAGCAAUACAUUAUACCAUAUUUGUUAUUGUUAAAGCUUUAUACUUAAAUGCCAUUUCUUUACUUCUGUGUCAUAGUUGUUGUUGCUAUUGAUGGUGUUUUAAAUGUCAAGACAUGUAUUAAAUCUAAUACAAUGUAAUCACUGUGCCAUGCUACUCUAGCUUGGGUACACAUAAAAUGUUCUCACAACUACCUAACUACAAAACUGGAGGCAGUUUCUGUUCCCUGCCUGUUUUUCGACUGAAUGUAAAGUCAGCCGCCGACAUGUGUGCUGCACCAUUUACUGUAAGACACUUGAAGAUGGAACUUGUAGCACUUCAGAGGGUCUACAUACAUGGUAAAGAAACAGAUAUAAAGUUGAUGUGGGUUAUUGUUGACAAAGCGGGGUGAGCAACAUUAUGUGAAUCUUGUGGAGUUCUAAAGAAUUAGAGUUGCCAUUGAUUGGAAUGGAAUUGUCUUUUUUUCUUGUUAGUUGGUUUUCUAUUUUUUGUUGGCUUUAUUUUAUUCUUCAAGUUAGUGCCAAGGCUAGAGAACAAAAAAAUAAUUUUAAAAAGCUUAUUAAACCACUUUUGCUUGCCAUCAACCAAAAGACAUGUAGUUAAUCAGCUUGUUGGUGAUUUACAGGUUGUUUGACUUUCUAGCCUUAUGCUAAUUGCUCCUGUCAAGUAUGAGUAAGAUGGUAUGUAUUAUCAGAAAGUUAUUUAUUUACCUAGGAAUAUAUUUAGUGCCAGAGCCGUUUUGAUGUCACAGGGAAGAUGCUUGUGAUGUGAUAAGUGUUGGAUCUAAAUAAGAGUAUAUGGAAGACACAAUGGAAUCUAUUGUGAUAUUUUGUUAAAAAUAUUAAAAAGCAUUUCUCAUCUUGUAAAUGUGUGAUUAUAAGACAUAGCUUUUUAUCCAUGGCAUGGCUGACACAGUUAUGACAAAUUUUAGAUUCUGUUUUUUCAAAAUUAGGUUAAGAGUUUUUUUUUAAACUGGAGGCUGGGCAUCAGUGAAGCGGUAGGAAAAAGACAAAGGUUUUAUUAGUUGCCGAAACAUCCUGAACCAUCUUUCCCUGAAACUCUGGUCAGCUCAUGUUGAUCGCCUGGAACUGCAUCUGAGCCAUAAUUUAAUUUAACUGAAGAAAACAAAACAGAGGCUAGCUUUUUAAUAUAGAUUUUGCAUUAUAGAGUUUGUCUUAUUUUCACUGAGAUAAAAUUAUUUAUAUUUCAUAUAUGUAAAUAUAACUACCAUCAUAAAAAAUGU